UGUUCUCCUUAUGUUUAUAGAGAGACAUGAAAAGAAUAUGCCACUAGCCGAUAAUUUCAUUAUAGUUUUCCUUUAUAGGGAUUGAAGUGUUUUGUUUGAUGGCACUAGCCGAUAAUUUCAUCUGGAGUCCUCAACAGACAACAAGGUGUCACAUGCCAUCCAUGAAUUACAUGAAGCCAAACGCUAUUCAUUUAUUCCAUUCCAGUUUGUCGUUUUAUGAGAUGCGAUGUUUUUAAUCUAACUAUAUUACCACUUAAUUAAAAGUGAAGAACAUGAAAUUGAUUGAUGGAUGAAUGAUGGAUGUGCGCUUUGUAAAAGCACCGAAAAAGAUGGAUGGUUUUCACUCUGAGAUUGGAUAGUUUUUCACAUGUUUACUUUCCUUGGCAGUUGAGAAGGCCAAGUUCUACUACAUUGCUGGAUUCUUCCUCACGGUGUCACCAGAGUCCAUUCAGUUGGUACGUGAGCAUGCCGCUGCAAACAACAAGGUGUUCACCAUGAACCUUUCUGCUCCAUUCAUUUGUACAUGGACUAUGUUUUUGGCAAUGAGACCGAGGCAAGAACCUUCUCCAGGGUUCACGGCUGGGAGACCGAUGAUGUUGAGCAAAUAGCCAUCAAGAUCUCAGAGUUGCCUAAAGCCAUCGGAACAUACAAGCGGACUACUGUGAUUACACAAGGCGCAGAUCCAGUGGUUGUCGCUGAGGAUGGAAAGGUAAAGAAGUACCCAGUCAUCCCUCUCCCCAAGGAGAAGCUCGUUGACACAAACGGUGCAGGUGAUGCGUUUGUGGGAGGGUUUAUUUCGCAGCUGGUGCAUGGAAAAGCUAUUGAGGAGUGCGUGAGGGCGGGAUGCUACGCUUCAAACGUAGUGAUUCAGAGAUCUGGUUGCACUUACCCUGAGAAACCUGACUUCAACUAAAGCUGAAACUCUCUCCAACCAUACUAUUAUGUUAUCCCUAGUAAACAUUAGUAUUGUUGAUUUUAUCACAUCUCGAGGCUUUGAUCUAAACAUGUACUGUUUUUCUAAUGCAAAAACUAUUUGUGAAGUGUUUCACAUAUUUUCAAGUUUAAAAUGGAAAUAACUUCUGAAC